AUGGACUCUUCUCCCGAGGAAGCCGUGACCGGAAGUGGUCCCCUGAGACCAUCGUUGAGAGAGCGCAGGAAUCUGAAUUUAGCGGGGCUAGACGUUGGUGACGAGUUUCACGAAGACGAUCCGCCACGCACCCUAAAAGGCCAUGAGAGUUCCUUGUCAGACACUGAAUUCAAAUCUCAGGAGGACGAAGUCGACAUGAAUCCAGCGAAAAAAAAUUCCUUCGACGAGAUAUCUGAGGUAUUGAGUGCGAAUAGGGGAGGAAAGCGAAAAGGACCAGAGAUAGACUCAGACGCAGACGAGAGUGAACGGUCAAAGCGAUCUAAAGUUGAUAAGCUGCCUACUGAGACGAACGAAUCAAAUGAUAACAUCAGUGAAGUCGACAAGCCAGACGACAACCUCUCGAAGAAAGGGAAAGGAAAGGACAACGGAGACCAAGAACAGAAAUCCGACGAACCAAUCACUCAGCAGCCGUUACUCGACAAAGCUAUUUCCGAUGUCCUCAAUAAGCGAGAGCGGUGGAUCCUUCUGACCAAUCGCCCCAAGAAAGGCCAGGAUAUCGAUGCAGCUAGUCCUCUCGAAAACAUCAUGAUUAAUAGGGGAAUCUUCACCUCUCUAUCUAUGGCCAAGAAAGAAGGCAAACGUCUAGCCACAGAAGAUCUGACAUGGCGAGAGGUCGGUCAAAGCAAAAUAAUUCAGCAUCAAGACGGAGCCGACGGGAAGAAGUUGUGGGUUAAAAUCGAACCAAUUGCUAAACAUAACGACCCAGAAGCAGGAGAGGCUACAACAGAGGGUGAAGGUGGUAGCGAACACAAGCCUUUCGAAGUCCCUGAUACUCAAGGGGGAGGAAAUAAUGACAGUGCUGGCGAAGGCCCGUCGAAGAAGGCUGCGAAUCCACGUAAGAAGAGAACUACACCAGCGGCUGCAGGUCCGAGCAAAACUAGGAAGAUGGUUGCUACUGAGGCGGCGGGAGGUGAAGAGAAAGUUACCCAUAGCUAUGGCCUCCGGAAUCGGUCUGCGCGGCAGGAUCAAGACGCAGGCGAUGGAGGUGAAGGGAAGGUGGAGGCGAAGGUGGAGAAGGGGAUAAAAGGCGCUGGGCAGGCUGAGCUUCUGAGUAGCACAAAGGCGAAAGGCAACAGUAGGAAGGGUGGCAAGGGUGGGAAGACAGGCUAG